AUGGUUAAAAUCCACCCCCUACGCUCGUCCGCCUGCAUCCCACGCGAAAAAGGGGACGCGUGUCGCGUCCCCACGAGCUCUGGCCGUUUUGCAAAAAAGACCUCUGAUUUUCAGAAAAUCUUAGAUAAACCCAUCCCGCCCUGGCUGCACAGCGAGAUCCGCGACGGCCUGGCAGUCCGGGAGCCGCGCGCCGCCGCCGCACGAUCCCUCGCCGUGCUCCGCUUCCACCUCUACAACCCCGACGACCGUGCGCCUCUCCGCGUGGUGCUCGCGCUCAAGCGCCACCCGUGCAUCGAAGCCAACAUCAGCCGCAUCGAGGAGGUCGAGGAGCCGGUCGACCCCGCCCUCGCCCUCGCAUGCGCCAAUAAUCCCGUGCGACUCGGCGGGGUCAACUCCCCGAUUGUCCGCCUUGUCGCCGACGAGGUCGGCGUCGGACAGGACACCGCACCCUUUGUCUGGCUCGGCGAGUUCCGGCAGACGCGCGCCAUCUACGAGCUCGAGGAUGGCGGCCUCGUGCUGGAGCUCGAUGAGAUGCGGUUCGACUUCGGGACUAGCUAUGAGCUCGAGUGCGAUGGCCUAGCCUGA